CGCCGCCUCCCCCCUCUGGGCCGCAGUGGUGCAGCCCGAGGUUAGCGGAAGCGGCCGCUCGGCGCUGCCAUGUUGAGCCGCCGCCGCCGCCGCCGCUUUGUUGUCGGCUCCAUGUAGCUGCGGCCCGGGGGAGGGAGCGACGGGGGGACCGUCCGCCGCAGCCGCCGCCGCCGCCGCCCGGGGCCGCGCCGCCCCCGCCAUGGAGGCCAACUGGACCGCGUUCCUCUUUCAGGCACACGAAGCCUCCCAUCACCAACAGCAGGCAGCACAGAACAGUUUGUUGCCUCUCCUGAGCUCUGCUGUUGAGCCGCCCGAUCAGAAGCCGAUUCUGCCCUUACCAAUAACGCAGAAACCUCAGCCUGCACCAGAAACAUUAAAGGAUGCUAUUGUUGGGAUUAAAAAGGAAAAACCUAAAACCUCCUUUGUGUGCACUUACUGCAGCAAAGCUUUCAGGGACAGCUACCAUUUGAGGCGUCACGAGUCCUGCCACACAGGGAUAAAGUUAGUGUCACGGCCAAAGAAAACUCCCACCACAAUGGUGCCCCUUAUCUCGACCAUCGCUGGUGACAACAGCCGGAGUUCGCUGGUUUCGACUAUCGCAGGCAUCCUGUCCACUGUCACUACGUCUUCCUCUGCCACCAACCCCAGCAGCAGCGCCGGCGCCACGGCCAUGGCAGUGACGCAGACGGUGAAGAAGCCCAGCAAGCCCGUGAAGAAGAACCACGCCUGCGAGAUGUGCGGAAAGGCCUUCAGGGACGUCUACCACCUCAACCGGCACAAGCUGUCCCACUCCGACGAGAAACCCUUCGAAUGUCCCAUUUGCAAUCAGCGCUUCAAGAGAAAGGAUCGCAUGACCUACCACGUGAGGUCUCACGAGGGGGGCAUCACGAAACCCUACACCUGUGGUGUUUGUGGAAAAGGCUUCUCGAGGCCUGAUCAUUUAAGCUGUCACGUUAAACACGUUCACUCAACAGAGAGACCCUUCAAAUGCCAAACGUGCACUGCUGCCUUUGCCACCAAAGACAGACUGCGGACACACAUGGUGCGCCAUGAAGGAAAGGUAUCGUGUAAUAUCUGUGGUAAACUUCUGAGUGCAGCAUAUAUCACCAGCCACUUAAAGACACACGGGCAGAGCCAAAGUAUCAACUGUAAUACCUGUAAACAAGGCAUCAAUAAAACAUGCAUGAGUGAAGAGACCAGCAACCAGAAACAGCAACAGCAGCAGCAACAACAGCAACAACAACAACAGCAGCAGCAGCAGCAGCAGCAGCAACAACAGCAGCAACAGCAGCAGCAGCAGCAACAGCAGCAACAGCAGCAACACGUAACAAGUUGGCCUGGAAAGCAGGUAGAGACCCUGAGAUUGUGGGAAGAGGCCGUCAAAGCGAGGAAGAAAGAAUGUCAGUUCACCUUUGAGAAGGCUAUAGAGUACGUACCAUUCGAAGCUGCUAACUUGUGCCAAACCUCCACUGCUGCUACUACGCCUGUGACUCUUACUACUCCAUUCAAUAUAACGUCCUCUGUGGCUUCUGGGACUAUCACAAACCCAGUCACAGUGGCAGCUGCAAUGAGCAUGAGAAGUCCAGUAAAUGUAUCAAGUGCAGUUAAUAUAUCCAGUCCGAUGAACUUAGGGCAUCCUGUAACUAUAACCAGUCCUCUGUCCAUGACCUCGCCCCUCACGCUCACCACCCCGGUGAACCUGCCCACCCCGGUCACGGCUCCAGUGAACAUAGCGCACCCCGUCACCAUCACGUCCCCCAUGAACCUGCCCACCCCCAUGACGCUGGCUGGCCCCCUCAACAUAGCCAUGAGACCAGUGGAGAGCAUGCCUUUCCUGCCCCAGGCCUUGCCCACCUCUCCUCCCUGGUAAACAAGUUCUAAACAGUAUUAAAAAGGAUUAAAAUGGAAUCCUUACCAGCAGUUCUUUUUUGGGUUUUGUUUGGUUGGGUUUUUUUUUUUUCUUUUUUCUUUUUUUUCUUUUAUUUUGGUUUUUGUUUUGUUUUGUUCUGUUGGGUUUUUUGUUUUGUUUUGUUUUAGUUCAUAAUAAAUUCAGGCUAAGACACUGGGGCAACACCAUCAGAGACCACAGUAGCAUCUUCCCCUUGAUUUGGCUCACAUGGUUCAGGCUUGAGUUUCACUGGAGCACUUCAUUUAAAGUAAGUUUUACCUUGUAGCUGACUGAUGCUGAAUUAGAGCAGAUACUUAUUUGCCAGAGUUUUUAAAGAAAAAAAAAAAAAAAAAACCAACAAAAAAAAAAGGUAAUUAAAAAAACAGUUUUAUGUUUUAUCCCCUGAAAUUAUAACUUAGAAAAUUACUUUAAUCUAAACACUAGCAAAGACCCCUCUGUAUCUGUGACAGGGUGGAUGGCUCAUUUUAACCUGCCAGGCAAGUCCACUGUUUCUGAGCUAGUGUAGAACCUUUGUCUGUGUUGAUGUUUUUUUUUUUUUUAAUGAGUAAAUGCAUUACAAUGUUGUCAUUUAAAAAAAAAAUGCAUUUUUGGAGAAAAUAUGCAUUUUACCUUUGGGAAUAUGAUAAUUUCAGGCAGCAUUCCCUAUGGGAAAGGUGAUACCAGCUCUGAUAUGCAAAGCAUAUGAUAACUUAUCAUUCUAACUUCAACAUAUAAUAGGGAUUGUGACCUGAUAUUUGGAGAUGUAAAUAUUACCCAACAUAUUACCCUAAGGGAAUAGAGCAUUGUAGUCAACAUUUUUUUUAAAAAAACUGUUAUUGUUUGGUGAGAAACAGCCAUGGCUGACAGAAGAGGAGUCGAAAUGUAUGUAAACAUGGUCUCUGAACAGUCAGACCCCCAUGGGACUCUUAUCUAGGAGCAAAAGGAGUGCUUGGAAACUUAAGAAAUAUUGCUUUAAGCUGGAAGAUUCUGGAGGCCCUGGGUGUGAUUUUUAUGCCCUCUGCCUCCCAAUCAGAGCCUGCUGGUGUUCCAGCAGGGGACAGACGUGUUAGUUGUUCACUAGAAGUUUUGUCUUAUAUUAAAUUGUAUACAGUUUUUAUUCUAACCACUAACUAGGUAGGAUGCCCCUCCAGGACAAGCAGAGAGCGUCUUUUAAUUUCUCCCCUAUUUCUUAAUCAAGUGUUGUGCAAAUCUGUUCAACUUUGUAAAUAUUUGCAAACAUCAUCAUUUUUACGUUAUUCUUCUAUUGUGUUAACACAUUUCUUUGAAUUUGUGGAAGUUCUGGGGUGCUGAGCUGUCCAGCCCAGAACUGCUCCAUAAAUGGUCACACAUGUUUAAGCUACAUGUGCUUUUUAUUUCUUAACCUGUUUAUCUGUACAUAAAGUAGAAAGCAAAAAUCUAGGGAAACAGAUAUACUUUUUAGACUAUCAUGUCACAUAUUCACAUUUUUAAAACUUUGUUUAAAAAAACAAACAAACAAACCACCCUAAACCCAAGACUCUACAAGAAAUAAAAAAAAAAAAAAAACAGGAAAAAAAAAAAAAAGAAAUUACAGUUGAGAUGUUUUUAUCUUAUUGAAUUUGAGAGCUCUGGAGAUUAGCGUGUGCAUUUUCACAGAGUCAUAGCAGGACUGACCAGUCACACUGGACUGCUUCCGUUCCUCCCCGGCCGUGUCCGUGCGAGCAGUGAUUGCCAGGCUGCUGGCUCAGGUGACAGGUAUCUGUAUCCUUAUGUGAAACUGUUCUAGGGGCUUGGACUACAUAGUAAAACAAAAACAGACAAAAAAAAAAAUAAUAGAGCUUAGUGUAAAAUAAUUUUAUAAAUGAUCUUUUGUACUUUAGGACAUCAAAUUGUACAACUUUUGUAUAUAUAAAAGCUUAGGAACUUUCUGUUUAGCAGAAAGGAAACACAUUCCUACACUUUUAAUGUAUAUGUUUGUUAUAAUGUCCAUGUAAACAUAUGCCCUAUGUUUGUGCCUUUUAAUUAGUUUGUCUCAAUAAACAAAAAUGUAGAGAAGAA